ACCCUCAAAAAAACCACAAAUCUUUCUUCACGUUCAAAGUUGAAAUCCAAUUUUUGCUGGCAAUUUACACAUUCUCCUCCACACUGAACUCAACCCUCCCUCCUCUCCCAAAAUGGCAAUGGUGGCCACCACCACCGCACCACCACCACCACCGUCUCUACUAAACCAAGACUCCCUAUCUCACAUAGACCUCUCAACACUCUCCCAAUCCGAACUCCACUCCCUCUCCCUCUGCUCCACUUCUCCCUCCCCCUCCACUUUCCCCUCCCCCCUCCUCCCUCCCAAAAUCGACCGUUCCCAGUUCAACGAAUCCGCCGGCUCCCGUCGCCAAACCUACUCCCGUCCCUCCAUCUCCGCCGGCCACCGCCGCCGCGUCGCCGGCCUCCUCCCCACCCCUAAACUCCCUCCCAUCCCCGCCGACGACCCCGAACGCGUCGAGAAUCGCUACAUCAUCAACCACCUCAAGCAGUUCCUCAACCAAGACCCUCGAUUCGAUCGCUUCGACCUAACCCUAACCCUUCCUUCCAUCUCCUCAAUCUCCAUCGCCGGAGUCAACAACAACAACAACAACAACGAAAAGGUGAGUUUCGGGAACGGGAAGAGGAAGAGAGGGAGGAAACCUAAGCUGAAGGCUUUGCAUUUGGAAGAGGACUAUCGGAAGUUGGAGAUUGUGAAUAAGAACGGCGUCGUUGUGGACCUCGAGAAGUUGGCGAAUGCGGAAGAUCCGUUUGGGGAAGAGUUGCGGAGGAGGACUGUGGGGAUGGAGAGUGAAGAGGCGUUGCUUGGUUUUAUGAGGGAAUUGGGUGGGCAGUGGGGGAGUAGGAGGAAGAAGAGGAAGAUUGUGGACGCCGCAGCGUUCGGAGACGCGUUGCCGGUUGGAUGGAAGCUCUUGUUGGGGAUCAGAAGGCGCGAUGGCCGCGCCUCCAUUUACUGCCGCAGAUAUAUAAGCCCUACUGGACAACAUUUUGUGUCCUGCAAGGAAGCUGCUUCAUACUUGCAGUCGUUUUUUGGUCUUAGAGAUGCACAAUGGCCCAGUAGUCAGAUGGUUGAAAAUAUUCAGCAGGACUAUAGACUAACUUCUGAAACUCAGCUUGUGGCCGUUACCCAAAAGGAUGAAGACCGAAGGCAAGAAGUCAUUUCUAGUUCAACUGCAGCAAGAGUUCCGAUAUCUAGCGAACAGCCGAAGGAAGCAACAUUAUUGGGAAUGGACAAUCUUGCAGAUGUCCAAAUACGUGAUCUAUUUGAAUGUCACAAGUGUAGCAUGACCUUUGAUGAGAAGGAUACGUAUCUGCAGCACCUAUUGUCCUAUCACCAGAGGACUACGAGGAGGUACAGACUUGGUUCUUCUGUUGGGGAUGGAGUGAUAAUUAAAGAUGGCAAGUAUGAAUGCCAGUUCUGCCAUAAGGUAUUUCUGGAAAGGCGUCGUUACAAUGGUCAUGUGGGGAUUCAUGUGAGGAAUUAUGUGAGGAGGGUAGAAGAAGUGCCUGGUACAACUCCUCUUCCAAUGAGAAUCGAGUCUCCAACCAGGGAUGAUGUUCCUUCAAGGAUCUCAAAAAUGGAUGCUUUGAUAGAAAUUGCUCAGAAUUCUAUUCUAGAGACUUCUACUGUUAGACCUAAUAAUGAACCCAAUGGUGGUUCCACUCCUAAUCAAUUGAAUGUUGUUUCUACUCAAGAAAUUCCUGCUUCCAAUUUUAAUAAUGACACAAAUCUUGGUUCUCCUCUUAGUGGACCAGAAAUGGAUGAUGACUCGAGUGACAGAACUCUGGAUCAAGAUUUAAAUCAGCUAGAUGGUGACCAUAUUAGCACUGCUGAAAAUAUGGAGAAGACUACUGAUGAAGUAGUGGAUUCUAAGAUGGAUUGUUGUUUGGGAGCCACGACUGUCUUACCUGAUAAAGAUCAAAAUGCUAAUACAAAUGAAGCUUUUUGUAAAAAAGACAGUUUGGCAUUUGUCAAUAAUGAAAAUGACAUUUCUGGGGUUGAGCAGGAGGGAGUUCCUGAAGGCCAUUUGGUUGCUCAGUUUGAAAAUCAGAUUAUUUGUGAGAAUAGGGAUAAUAUUAAUUUGAGUUGCACUAGCACUUUAGACCAUUCCAAGCCUUGUGAAGUCAAUAAUAAUAUUGAGCUAAAAGUUGGUGUUGGCGGCAUCAAUGAAGGGCCAUCCAAGAAUGUUGUGAUGGAAAUUGUACAGCAAACUUCUGAAGAAAAUAUACUCCAGCAUGGGGUUUCUGACUCCCCAAUGUCCCCAGAACAACUUUUGCAAAAAUUUUCAACAUUCAAUGCAACCUCGGAUAAGGGAGAUCAGUUACACAGUGUUGACCAACGGCAUGACAAUUUAACUGGGUUUGAGGAACUGAGGUUGGAUGAAAUAGAACCUCUUAAGUAUAGCACUGCAACUGGGCAAGAAUCUCUUUCCUUGCAGGAGGUACCCAUGGAUUUGACAUAUAGCGUAGAUAUGGAAAGGGAAUAUGCUUCCUCUGUCCAGUUUGAGUCAGAAGAAGUCAUGUUAAAUAUGGGUGGGAGACAUCAGCUUACAACUGUUUGUGUAUGGUGCGGAGUAGAGUUCAACCAUGAGGCUGUUGAUGCUGAAUUACAAUCAGAUUCUGUUGGUUUUAUGUGUCCAACCUGCAAAGCAAAAAUCUCUGGACAGUACAUUAGUGGUUCACCAAUGACUUCCCAUCGUCUUUGAUAAAGUGCAUCCUUUUCAAUUUGCCACGUGACAAGCUUUCCUUGAUGUGGGCAGACUGGUGGCUGAAAGAUGCUUAUUAUAUUGGCUCUGAUUAAAAUUUUGAUGGCAUUCUGGGUUGUGGUAUGUCUGUAUGUGGUUUCUAGUUGCUGGGGUUAGCUAUUAAAUCUUAAGAUCGUAGGUUUGAUGGAUAUGUCUUUGUUGCACUAUCCUAAUGAAGUGAAAAAGAAACGAAGGCCAGCUGAGUAUAUGUAGUUGAUGUAACUUUUGUUUUUCUACUCCUUUUAGGUAUAUGAGAAAUUUUAUCUAUCUACAAGCCAGGAAAUUAACACUA